AUGAGCUGGGCCCCGCCGGGCGGCAUUCUGUUUGACAAGCUGAACACUCCGCUCGGCGAUAUCGGGACGUCCUUCACCUUGUACGGGCAAAGCAAACUUGCCAACACCCUUUUCGCACGAUACCUCGCCAAGGACUAUCCGCAGCUGACAGUAGCGGCCGUGCACCCCGGAGUCGUUGACACCGGCAUCGCGGGCAAGACCGCGCAACAUAACAUAUGGGCUCGGUUCGUGCUACCAGCUGCGAGCCCCUUCAUGUCAACCGUAGAGGAGGGAGUGAAGAAUCAGCUGUGGGCUUGCACGUCCAAGAAUGUCAUCAGUGGUAGAUUUUACACCCCAGUGGGGGUUCCGGGCAGUAGUGCGAGAGUGGCAUUCGAUGAUGCAUUGGCAGAAAGGCUGCGCCAGUGGACCGAAGCCGAAUUGGAAAUGCAUCCUUCAAAGAGUUCUAUCCCCUAG